AUGGCUGGCAUUCCCUCUUCGUUACGUGAGUUGUUUUAUUCCUUUUCUGAUGGCAAUGGAAUGACAAAUGAAACUUUAGCAGACACAAGUGAACAGGUUUACAUUUCUCCCCUAGCUCUUCUAAAAAUUUUAAAGCAUGGACGAGCAGGAGUGCCUAUGGAAGUUAUGGGAUUAAUGCUUGGAGAAAUUGUGGAUGAAUAUACGAUAAGAAUUGUUGAUGUGUUUGCCAUGCCCCAGUCGGGUAAUAGUGUUAGUGUUGAAGCAGUUGACCCAGUUUAUCAAACGAAUAUGUUAGAAGAAUUAAAAAAAACAGGAAGACAUGAAAUGGUUGUUGGUUGGUAUCACUCACAUCCCGGUUUUGGUUGUUGGCUAUCGGGAACAGAUGUAAAUACACAGAAAAGUUUUGAACAAUUAAACCCAAGAACUAUUGGUGUUGUGGUUGACCCAAUUCAGUCAGUUAAAGGUAAAGUUGUUAUUGAUUGUUUUCGAUUAAUUAAUCCUCAUAUUUUAAUGUUAGGACAAGAGCCAAGACAAACAACAUCAAAUAUUGGCUACCUAACCAAACCAACAUUAACUGCUUUAGUACAUGGGCUAAACAGAAAUUACUAUUCCAUUGUUAUCAAUUAUAGAAAAAACGAAUUAGAAAAAAAUAUGCUCUUAAAUUUACAUAAAGAUAUUUGGGCGAAGCCUUUAAAAUUAACUGAAUUUAAUGAACAGAAAAAAAAUACAAGUGAAACGUUAGAUAGCAUUAAAAAAUUAACGAAAUUAUAUAAUAAAAAUUUACUUAAUGAAAUGAAAAAAACCAAUGAAGAAAUUCUUUUAGAAAAUAUAGGAAAAAUAGACGCAAAAAAAAGGAUUCAAAACUGUGUUGAAACGUUAUUAAAUGAUUCUAUUCUUACAUGCAUCGGUACAAUGGCUAACACCCUAUUUUUUUAA